GUCCGAGACUACCACCUCUUGCACGUGACCGUGACACACGCGUUAAAAAUACAAGACCAACACUGAGUCUGACACACUGAAAGAGUCCAAAUUCAUAGACAUUCGCAGACACUAGUACUUACUCUCUUCGCCCUCUCGUAUUCAACUUCAUAAAUGUCGUCGCUUACGCCGCUCAAGGCAUCUAUCCUCAGCCUCAAGCCACACAAAAACGAAGCCUCCCUCCGGAUUCGCAACAGUUCUGCUGCUGUCCUUGCUGUACUCUUUCUUACCCACCUUACUCCAGCACCGUCGCUAUGGACAGCUAUAGAUGUCGUUUUUAAUGAUUUAGGAGAAGGAAAAUCCGCCUUUUGGAUGUUAUGCGCUGCUGAGUUGACCAUCCUAAGUCUCUUCACCCUGAAUGCCCUUCAGGCAGCUGUAGCGCUCAUGUAUCCACCAAAACAUCUCCCACUCACGCCCUCACCCACGAAGAGCAUCAAGACACCACAAUUACAAUCACAAAAACGUCGUCAUGUGUUGUCACCCCAUACGAGCCCACAGCCGCAGCGCACCUUCUCCCCAUACGCUUCCUCUCCCGUGUCGACUCCUUCUCGAACCCUCCAAUAUUCCAUUCCGGGACCCACACCUCCACCUUUUUCCUCACUGAACUCCUCAACUGGUAUGCCACCAACGCCAUCACCUUUAUCUGCGUACCGAGGAAAGCAUUCAGCGAGUACAGGACAUGCAUUCAAUGGUUCGAUCCUUAGUAGACUCACAAAGGAUGAUGAUGAGGAUGAGGAAUAGAUGUAGAUCUGUAAUACGGUAUUUUUGUUUUAGAUCAUGUCUAUUGCUAUCGAUGUUUCUACGUUCUUCUAGAGUGCAAUUAGUGAGAUGACUCGAAUAAUAUGGGAAAUUUGCAGCGUGCA